GUGACGGUUAUAGAUCCAAAAUGGCUGCGGACAAUCUCCCAUCUGAGUUUGACGUUAUCAUUCUUGGAACAGGCCUUACUGAGUCUGUCAUUGCUGCUGCAUGCUCACGAGUGGGACAGAGAGUUCUGCACUUAGACAGGCGAAACUACUAUGCUGGAAACUGGGCCAGCUUUACAUUCAAUGGCCUGCUGUCAUGGAUUGAAGAGUACAAGAUUCAGCGAGAAACUCCAAGCACCAAGUCAGAACAGGGGUGGAACGAUCAAAUUAAGGAUGAAGAGGAAGUUGUUUUUCUCAGCUCUGUAGACUCCUCCAUUUCCAAUUUGGAAGUAUUCUCCUAUGCCAGUAAGGAGCCUGAGGAUGACGAGCAAUUGAAGGCUCCUGUGGCAAACAGCUUGCCCACAAUAGCGGAGAUGUUGAAUGGCUGCCAUCCAGAAGCCCAAGACAUAAGUUCUUUCAGUGCUUGUACACAAAGUGAUGCUGACCCACAGAAUCUAGAGGUGAAUGAGCAAACAUCUAAAAGCCAAGACCCCUGCCAGUCAAAGGAAGGCAAAAAAGAUCAGCAGCCAAUAAGAAACCUGGAGCAAGCAGUAGCAGUGAAAAAGAAAAUAACAUAUGCUAAGCUACUGAAGGAGGGGCGCAGAUUUAACAUUGAUCUUGUGUCUAAGCUACUGUAUUCCCGUGGCUUACUGGUGGAUCUUCUCAUCAAGUCCAACGUGAGCCGCUAUGCUGAGUUCAAGAAUAUUGGUUGCAUCCUGACCUGUAAUAAUGGCAAAGUGGAGCAGGUCCCAUGUUCACGUGCAGAUGUAUUUGGCAGUAAGCAGCUGACUGUGGUGGAGAAACGUAUGCUCAUGAAAUUCCUUACUUUCUGCCUGGACUAUGAGCAACACCAAGAGGAAUUCCAAGAGAUGCCAUUUUUAGAGUUUCUCAAAUGGAAGAACCUCACAGAGAAUCUGCAGCAUUUCAUUUUGCACUCCAUUGCCAUGGUGAGCCAUGAUGCUCCAGCCAUCAAUGGCCUGAAAGCUACACAGCACUUCUUGCGUUGCCUAGGUCGCUAUGGCAAUACACCCUUCCUGUUUCCACUUUAUGGCCUAGGGGAAAUCCCACAGUGCUUUUGCAGAAUGUGUGCUGUUUUUGGGGGCAUUUAUUGUCUUCGCCAUUCUGUGCAGUGCCUGGUUGUGGACAAGGAGUCAGGCAAGUGUAAAGCUGUGAUUGACACUCAAGGUCAGCGAAUUAGUUGCAGCCAUUUUGUGGUGGAAGACACCUACAUCCAAGAUGACCAGAGAAUACAAACAACGUACAAGCAGAUAUCCAGAGCAGUGGUCAUAACAGACCGGUCGAUUUUACCCUCCCAAUCCGAUCAGCAGAUUUCAUUGGUGACAGUGCCUCCUCUUGAGCCUUCCUCUCCGGCUGUAAGGAUGGUAGAGCUCAGUUCAUCCUCCAUGACGUGCAUGCCUGGAACCUAUUUGGUCCACUUGACCUGCUCAUCAUCAGGCUCAGCCCAUGAAGAUCUGGCGCCUGUUGUUUCCAGACUCUUUCAUGUACCCAGCAGCUGUACAGAUGACUCUGUACAAGGAUCAGAGGAGAAUGAGAAGCCUGUGGUAUUGUGGGUGAUGUACUUCAACAUGCGAGAUACAUCUGGUCUUGACAACAGCAGCUACAAUCUGCCAAGCAAUGUCCAUGUGUGCACAGGCCCUGAUGACAGCUUGGGCAAUGAUUACUCCAUUCACUUGGCUGAAUUAGUGUUUCAUCAGCUGCUACCUCAUGAGGAGUUCUGUCCACCUGCUCCGAACCCUGAGGACAUCAUGUAUGAUGUUGAUCAAGGAGAAGAGACCAUCUUUGAGAAUGAUAGUCACAAAGAAGGGGCAGUAAUUGAGGGAGAGGAUGGGCCUCAAGACAACAAGCAACAAGUGUGUCACUCAGAACCUGCAGAGAGUGCAAACAGUAUAGGCCAGUAAAUUAUGACUGAAUAUGAUUUUCAAAGCCCACCACUGGGGAAUAGUCACUAAUGAAACGACUAUUUGUUAAAUCUUUAUCUUACAUAAGUGACUCCCAGCUUCUCUCUGGGAGAUCUACAUUUUUGCAUAUGUAACACUGAGUGUAAGCAAAAAAAAAAAAGCUAAUCAGAAAUGCUUAAAAUACAAAGAUAAACUAUGCAGGACUGUAAAAUUUCGAAACAGAACUGUUCCAAAUUAUGUAACACUGUUCUGGUCCUGGUCUCUGCUCUUCACUGAGGAACGGUAGAGGAGGAUGUACUAGUACUUUACUAAUCUUUACUAGCACUCUUCCUUUGCUGCCUGCAAACAUUAAUGAAAAUAAAAUAAUGGGUUUCCACACACUUCACAGUUACUGUUGUUAUAUACUUACCAUCAUGUAAAAGACCUACAUUUCUAAUCUGAUAUGAAUAGGUCAAUAUCCAGACUUGUUGUUUGUACCUGAAAACAUUGCUGUGGUCCUGACCACACCAGUGUUGGCAUAGAAAUCUAAAAGCAUGCAACUAAAAAGCUACAUACUGUCAAAUUAAAUGCUUGGUGAAUAAAUAAUGCUUGCUCUGUU